GAAAUAAAGUCUCACCUCCACCAUAUUUAUAUUAUUUUUAACCCCACACUCCUAGGCUCCACAACAGGUAAUGAGUAAUCUAGGCAGGCAGCGAUAGAGAGUAACGUAAAAUUUUUAUUCUGAACAUGUGGGUCAGCGGCGUAACAAAGGUAUACUAUAUCUUAAUUUCCACUAACAAGGAUGCUCGCAUAAUUAGGAUCGAACUUCCUUCAGGUAAGUCGUUUGAUCCAUUUAAUAAUUUACAUUAUCAUCAAAACCAAGUGUCAUCUUAAAGUAAUAUAAUUUUACCAGUAUUCAUUAACGUAAAUGUAAUCCUUUUUGCCUUGCUCAUUUAUCAUCAUUUGUACUGAGAUAUAUCCAUCUAGAGAAAAGUUUAAAAGUCAACUUUUUUCGCCCUCUUGCUAUAAACAACACCUUAGACCGUAUCCGACCUUUCCUCGGUACGCCAUUACCCUCCGACAACAGUUUUUGAAACAACUCAGUUAUAAUUAGUUAAUUUAUUUUGAUGGUAAACGUAUUUGUGCAUUGCGCAGUCGACGCGAGAUGUAGGAACGAGCGAUCGGUCGCGAUGCCGGCGCUUUCAGACGCCUGUCUCUUCACAGUUGCGGUUCGACGGUGAGCGUCGUUAGUUCGACGUUCUCACGCCAGUAGCGCUGGCCACGAUAUUAUUUUAAGUUUCGCACUUUCGCGCGCUAUGACAUGUUGCACGUCGAUGACAUUUUUCCGUAACUUUAACAUGCUUAAGGUGAGAAGAGCGACUUGAUGUGCUUUGGAUACGAUGUGAUCUCUUUUCCUGAUAAGUUUUAUCUAUUCAAAAUGCUCAUAAAAAGUGGUGAUAUUAAUAAUAAUAAUAUUGUGAUGGUGAUGUAAUGUGACGAAACUUGCAAAAUGGCGAUGGUACUAUCUAGUCAGGGUCGACUUCUGGUCGCUCUGUGCUUUACUCUGUUGGUGCUGGCAGGUGCCCUCGCGGUGGGUUCUUUCACUGGAUGGUUCCAGCAAGGAUUCUCUGAACCAAUACCGGCUAAGCUGAGACAGGUAGAACGAAUGGAUUACGAUGGAAAUUACAGGGAAGGAAGCGGAGCUGAAGAAAUAGGCGUAUUUCCCCCACCUCCACCACCACCUGAUGGUAAGACUUGUUUUUGUGAUAGUGAUAAAGAAUAUUGUUGUAAUACUCUCUCUGAUGGUGAUACAGCUGCAGGAGGAUAUUAUCGAGGCGAGAAGGGAGAUAGAGGACCAAGGGGGCCGCCCGGUGAGUCAAUUAGAGGACCUCCAGGACCUCCUGGACCUUCUGGUCUACCUGGUUCUCCAGCACCUGAGGCUGUGUGUAGCUGUAACCUUACUUCAAUAAUUAGUACCAUAUCCAGUCAAGCAAAUAUCCCCUUUACUCCGUUAGAAGCCAGAACGGGUCCUCCGGGCCUUACUGGUCUACCAGGACCCACGGGUGAAGUGGGUCCAAGAGGACCACCAGGAGAAAAAGGAGAAAGAGGCGAAAGGGGUCCAGGAGGACCCGACGGCCAUCCGGGGCCUACAGGAGAGCCAGGAAGAGAUGGAACUCCUGGAAUGCCCGGACCGCCAGGUCCGCCCGGUCCUCCUGGUCCUGUAGAGUUUGAAAAUGUUGAUGAUACUGUCUUAGGAGGUUCUAUGGUACGACCAGGGGUACCAGGUCCUAAGGGUGAACCAGGCACACAAGGCCCAGUAGGUUCUAGGGGUGAAAGAGGUCCUUCGGGAUCAAAGGGUACGCACGGUGAACCAGGCCUUAAAGGAGAACGAGGAGAUAGAGGACUGCCAGGUGAUAAAGGACCCAAAGGAGAUAAGGGAGAUGAGGGAUCACCAGGUAUAGACGGCAUUCCCGGAACACCCGCCAAAAACGGAGAGAAAGGAGAAAAAGGCGACUUAGGAAACCAGGGUCCACCAGGGCCACCUGGACCAUCGGGAGUCCAUAUUGCUGGCAAUACAGCAGAAGAUAUUAUUAAACUACUGCCGGGGAUUAACGGAGAGAAAGGCGAGCCUGGAGAAAGAGGAUUAAAAGGUGAUAAGGGUGACUAUGGUGAAGCAGGUAUACCAGGUGUGUCAGGAUUACCGGGACCAACUGGUGAUAAAGGAGAUCCUGGUAUCGAUGGAGGUAUAGGUCCUGUCGGCCCGCCUGGAUCUAAGGGAGACAAAGGUGAAAGAGGACCACCGGGUACCAUUUUGACGACGGAAGGUGCAGAUAAGAUAGUGACUGUAAAGGGACAAAAAGGUGAUAUGGGUAAAAGAGGCCGAAGAGGUAAGCCAGGUCCUGUAGGGCCACCAGGAAAGCCAGGACAACUUGGAGACAUCGGAUUACCGGGAUGGAUGGGACGGCCAGGAAUACCGGGAGUUCCAGGCAACAAAGGAACAAAAGGAGAUGCCGGAUCGCGUGGAGAGAAGGGCUACAAGGGCGACAUGGGAACACCCGGCAAAGACGGCACUCUAGGACCUCCCGGUCCCCCAGGGCCACGAUCAUCCGACGAAUCGACGAGAUACAUUCCAGUCCCAGGACCUCCCGGUCCUCCGGGCCCACCUGGUCCACCAGGAGUGCCAGGAUUGUCUAUAACAGGGCCCAAAGGUGAGCCCGGCAGUCCCAGCUACGGGGAGGCUGUUCAUUAUAGCCGACCAGGACCCAAAACCAGCUUGGAGGAACUUAAAGCGCUAAGGGAAUUGAAAGAGCUGAGGGAUCUGAAGUCAGGGAGAGCUACAGCAGCUCCACCUAUACAUAAUCCAACGGAACAACAGGUAGCAUCUGCACAUGUCGUUCCCGGUGCGGUGACGUUCCAAAACAAAAGCGUCAUGACCAAAAUGACUUCGGUGAGUCCCGUAGGAACUCUUGCCUACGUCAUCGAAGAAGAAGCUCUUCUCGUGAGAGUCAACAACGGCUGGCAGUAUGUUGCGUUGGGUUCGUUAUUACCUGUUACGACGCCAGCUCCCCCUACAACAGCUGCUCCCCAAAUUAGGCCUCCAUUCGAAGCUAGCAACCUCAUCAAUCACAUAUCCAAGCCAGCAGAUGUUUCGCAUUUGAAGUUGGCGGCCCUGAACGAAGCGUACACCGGCGACAUCCACGGUGUAAGAGGCGCCGAUUACGCCUGUUAUCGUGAAGCCCGAAGAGCGGGUCUCCGUGGGACCUUUAGGGCCCUGCUCUCUUCCAGAGUGCAGAACGUAGAUUCCAUCGUCAGACAAGCCGAUCGCAAAUUGCCAGUUUGCAAUCUCCGAGGAGAGGUCCUGUUUAAUUCUUGGUCAGAAGUAUUCAAAGGCGAUGGAGGCCCCUUCCCACACCCCCCACGAAUAUACUCUUUCAGCGGCAAGAACGUCAUGACUGAUUUCUCCUGGCCCAUUAAAGCAGUAUGGCAUGGUGCUCUUUUAAACGGCGAGAGAGCAUUGGAUACAUCCUGCGACGCCUGGCACACGUCAUCAAAGGAAAAGGUCGGCCUUGCAGGUAGUCUGAAAGGACCUAGACUCUUAGAACAAACACCAUACUCUUGCGACAAAAGACUUAUACUGCUUUGCAUCGAAGCAACGACGGAACAAUUUUUGCAGAGGAGAAGAAGAGACAUUCAAGAGAGCGAAGAUCUGCUCAACGAAGAAGAUUUAUACAAUCUACUAAGUUCCAUACAUUGAACGUCAUCUUAGAAAAAAAUGUUCCAUCCAUACCACCUCAUUACUCCAUAUAGACUUUUUGUGUCACGUGUCGUAAUUGUUAAGAUCUACGUUGUGGUUAAGAAAAAAUAAUAAAAAUUUUAUGCGACUGCAGUCACUAUUUUAUAAUAAUUGUGAUUUUAAUUUUAAUAUAUUUUAUGUUUAUAUAAUAAUUGUAUAUAUAUAUAUUUUAAUUAAUUUUUUUAUUUGCCAGUAUUUUUUUGUACAGUUUAGGAACAUAUUUAAGAAUGUACCAGUGGGAAUCUAUUAAUAAUAAUUUCACUCCUUGCGAAGACUCCGUAUAUUUUAUUUACUAUAUUGGAUGUUAGCAUCACAACCAUUUAUUUAUUAUCCAAACUUUUGUUAUAACAAACAAAAAAUAUAUAAUAUUAAAUUGACUACACAGCACUAAUAGUUGUAGUUUUAUGAGUAAAACAGCAACAAAGAAUGCAUCAUGAGAAUGAAGGACAAAUAUAUUAUAUACAGGGGUGUCCGUGAUAAACGUAUGUACUAAAACACUUCAAAACCGUGUUAAAGUUAAAGUAAAAAGAAUCGAAUUUUAAUCAAUUUGUUGAAAACGUUUGUUGCCAAAAUUUUUUAAAUGUUGGACCUAUUAGCAUAAAUUUCGAUUUGUGUGUGCACGGGGCAAGUUUUGCGGACAUGUUUAUUAAGCCCUAAUAGUUUGUACAUUUACGGGACACCCUGUAUAAAUAGAAUGCUACACAAAUCUUAUAUUGUUGGUAAAAGUGAUUUAUUAAAAAAUUGGUAACUACCAGUUUCGACUGUGCAAGGUCAUGAUCAGGCAUAAAAAACCAUAUUGUGACUAACUAAAAUAAAACCGGAUUUUACCAAUAUGAAAAUAAGUAAAAGUUUUAUAAUAAUACCUAAAAUCAACUUGUAAAACCAAAAAUUAUUCAAAUGUUUAGCUGAACCAUGGGAGACAGAGUAGCUUGUAGUGCAAUAAGAAGGGAAUGGUGACAAAGUUAAAAAUAUUAGUAUCCCAUACCUGGCAUUAUUAGUACUAUAAAAAAAUGUGUUUUUGCAACUGGCAAAAAAGAUGACAUUUAUUGGUUGCUGAUGAGGGUACGUGAAGUAUCUAGGCUAUUUUUCUUACCUUAAAAAAAUGCAUUUUUUUAAUCUAAAUAAAGUAUGUAUUAUAAUUCAGUUUUUAGCCUUGGUCAUAAAUUUUAAAAUCUUCAACAAUUAACUUUAGGUAGGUAUCUGUAUCUGUAACGUGUGGAGGGUGGGUUACCCCCCACAGCACUAAGGCCUCAUUGUGCAUCCUUCUUUAGUUAAAAUCAGGCAUUUUUAUUUCAGAGUUAACUUCAGAGAAAAACUGUGUCCCCUCCUCACCUUCUACUAUAGGAGGGUCUUUGAUUGUGCUAUUUGACUUUUUUCCCCUAUAAUAAUCUCCAUAAACUUUAUAUUCAAUAAAACGUACAUGUUUAUUCUUAUAAAUUUUACCUGAUGUGGGAUUCAUAAGAUAAUAAAAGGUUUCACCACAUGCAAUCAACAAAGCUUGAGUUGCUUUUUCUUCAAACCUAUUUUUAAUGUAUGGAUUUAAAACAUAGCCCACACAUCCAAACCUUUUCAAAUAUGUUACUGUUCAUGGUUUAUUACACAUUCUUUGUCUUGGUAUCUAAAAAUCUAUAUUCUUUAUUGGUUUUAUUUUAUAAACACUCAAAAUAAAUUGCAGGGCAUAAGCUUACAUUUGUUGAGGGAAUCCAGAAUCAAUUAUUCAACACCUUAUUUCCUCUUGCAGUUCUCUAUUAAAUCUUUCCGCAGUUUCAUUUAAGUCAGAAUUAUGAGGUGGAGUAUUUUCUAAAAUUAUUUUUUCACGCUUAAUCAAAUCUUUCAUAUUUUCUGUACGGUAUUUUGUACCAUUAUCUAACCUAAGUAAGCUUAUUUUAACUUCUUUAUUAUAUAUGGCACGUGCAUUUUCCAACAUUUUCCUAAAAGCUAUAUGCACUGAUGUUUUAUUCACGCAUAACGUGACUAUAUACCUUCCUCCAAACUUAUAACUACAAGGAGUGAUUGGUCCUAUUGUAUCAGUGUGAAUAAGCUCAAAAGGAGCAUCAUAACGAUACCUUUUAGUAUUACAUGGUUGUUUGACUAACUUUGCUCUUGUACACACUUCACAAUCUGUUAUUGUAUUUGUGAAUCUAACUUUUUCUAACUCUUUUAUACAACUUUUAGCCUUUUCUGAAUAACCUUUUGAUACAUGUUCUAUCCUGUAGUGCCAUAAUAAACCUAUAUCAUCUUUCAAACUUUCAAUUUUUUUCUUACCUCAAGAUCAUCUAAUUUCAUAUCAUAAGCAGCUUUUAAAUAAUUUGCCAACUCAUUUACACUUGCAACCUCUUUACUUUCAGUUUCACUUGGUUCAUUCAUUCCAACUCUGCAAUAUGUAUGUUCACCAUCGUUUUGGUAAAAUUUACUAACAGUGAUCAUCUAAUAUAAUUUCUAGAACUCCAGAUCUCCCUUCGAUCUCAAUAACUCUGUUUUCUCCACUUGCAAUGUGAUUUUCUUAUCAUGAUAAUAACUUUCGAUUUUAGCAAACUUAUUAUUUGAGUGAAAAAAUUCCACUAGAUCAAAAUCUAGCCACCAAAACAUUCCAUCAAAUUUCCACUUUUUAAUUAUUUUCCCUGAAUUUCCACUAUGAAUUAAAAUUUCUUUAUCAUUUAACUUUACUGUACAACCUUUAUUUAUCAAUUUCCUUAUAGCAAACAAAUUUUUGGAUAAACUUUGGUUCGUUACCAAGUUGCUUUAAUGUUGGGAGAAAUGAUCCAUGUGGCGUUUAAUUAAUUGUUUUUUGUUGUUAUAUAUAAAUCGUAUUCUUAAAACUAAUCUUUCUUUGACUUACCAAGGUAUAGUGCUGAUUCUUGGAAAAAUAGGAAAUAUUCGUGCCACCGACACAAUUGGUGAUAAUUUUGUAUUCGAUGUCGUACCGAUUGUCGCAAAACUCGUACUCGUACUGUCCUUCGGCUAUUUCCGAAGGCACGAUUUGGAUAAAAAUGAUAAAAACGGAAAAAGCAAAAACCAGAGGCGGGUCAUAAGGUUUAGGAAUAGGUUCAUCAAAAUAUACUUAUAAAGAGUAAAGUGAAAACAAUUUUGACGCGAAUAACCUAUUUGGAUACAAUAAAAAUAAAUAAUAAAAAUAAACAAAUAUUAUAUAGGAUCGUAACGAUCCAAACUUUUAUUAAAUAGUAAAUCUUUUAAUUUAACAACUUUACCAUUUUUCCCUUUUGCUAAUACUGUACCUUUAUACUCAACUUUAAGAUCGGCAUUAUUAUUUGCACCUUUAAUUAGUACAAACAUUAUCUAAUUUUACUAUAUUCGUUAACUUAUUGAACUCAUUUGUCAUAUGUUUAGUUGACCCAGUGUCGGCAAUAAAGUUGAUUUUAAACUUACCAUUCUCAGGCUCUCCAGAAAUAUAACCAGGCUCUUCUUAAUCUAUUGCCAAGAAGACAAAUUUAUCAUGACAUCAUGACCUUCAUCAUCAGUAACCUUCAUACGCUUGAACAGUUUUUCGUUAGAGGUACUAUUAUGGGAUGAACUCUGACCUUGAGAUAGUCUUCCUCGCUGUGCGAAACUACCGUGGCCUCGUCUACGUUUGAAAACACCUCUUCCUCGUGAUCUACUCCGGAUAUUGCGUUUCAAUUGAUUUUGAUUGUAAAAAUAAACAACUUUAUUUUUUUUUUCAGUGUAGGUAGCUUUUGGACAGUUACUUGUGAUCGGUAACUAAUUGCCGACAAUCAAAGCAAAUGCGUUUAAGAUUUUUACAUUCAUUACUAUGAUGGUUUGAUUUUCCACAUCGAAAAUUCACUUUAGCUUUUUCAGUAUUUUUGAACUUUUACUUCUCAUAAGUAGCAGCAACAAGAGCUUCACCUUCUGAUGUACGUGUCUUUGUCUCCCUUUCUUUUUCUUUGACAUUUAUCAACAUUGUCUUUAAUUCAUUAAUAGUCAACGUUUCAUUAGAAGCAUCAUACCUCCUGGUUAACUCAGGAUAGGAUGUUUCUAUUGCCCUGAGGAAAUUCUCAACCACUUCUUUUUUCCUUUAAGCUUUCUCCAUGAACUUUUAUUUUUAUAUCUUCAAAACGUAGAAUAAAGUCAACUGCUGAUUCUCAAUUUUUUUUGUAAAACUAGCAGAGUUCCACUGUUGUUUCGCAGCAACCUUUAAUGAUAGUGUGGUUGGAUUUUUUAAGUUUUUAAUUUUAUUCAUAAUUUCUAACGAGGUUUUUAAAUUGCAAAUUAUUUUUCUGUAAUCUGGAUUUAAACGUGACAAAUUAUGUAAGUUUGCAAAUCCCAUUCUUCGUUUAUCUUCAUCAGCUGAUAUUUCAGGGCGUGGUAAAUUUUCAUCAAACAUAUAUUCAAAGGAAAAUGAUUUAAAAUCAUUCAUUACCACAUUUAACCACACAUUAAAAGACGUUUCUUUUUUAAGAAUAAAGGGUGGGUUAUUAAUAGUUUUUGGAGUAAAUGUUUUUAAUAACUCGUUAACUUUAGCUUUCAAAUCUUCAAUUUGUUUUCUUAUUUCAUUAUACAGCCCCUGAGGUGCUUCAUUUUCUUUAGAUUGACUUUCUUCUUUUCGCUUAGUUUUCUCAUUGUAUUUUCUAUUUCCUGAAAUAUUUUCCACUUUAUACUUUUCUAUACUAAUUUUGAUUAUAUAGUUAUUUAGGUAUACUUUUACAAGGUAGAUAUUUAUUUUGUGUUGUUUUAACGGCCGUUUUUGCCUCGUUAACAACAUAUGUCAAACAAGCAAACGUUCAACUUAAGCAGCUAUGAAAACGUUAUACCUUAAGAAAACUUUAACCUUAACCUUAAAGAAACUUUAAGACACAUUUACAAAUAGUAUCAAGUGUGGAGGCUAGGAUUUUUCGUAUAUUUUUUAUUAUUAUAUACCUUUCAUACAGUGUUCUCAACUUAAUAUCACGCUUAUAUAAUUUUUUUUAACAAUGUAUCACCUUAUUUUCUUGUUUGGCUUCAUCACCUUUUUUUUAUUUUAAACAUUACAGAAAACUUUAAAACCUUAAUAAGCUUAUUUUUUUGCAGUAUUAAUAAAAACGCCUUACUUUACUUUUAUUGGAAUAUUUCUUGCUAGCUAGCUUUGCUUAUUGGUCUUGGGGCUCAAUUUAUUAUCUCGCUGCCCGGCGCCUCCACCACGUUAGAAUAUUGAAUAAAAAUGUCUUUAGAAUCGUUUUAAUUACUUUAUUAAUACAUCUUAAUGAAAACGGUUUUUAUAACUACAAAUAAUAGCUUCUGUUUCGAGCGUGGUCUUUGUCGAACAGGACGGAACCGGAAGCAUGUAUCAUCUGUCAUAUGGCACGGACAGUCAACUCUUCGUCUUCUUCUAUUAAUAAUGAAAUAGGUGCGUUCCAUUCAGUUGAGCAGAACACAGAAUAUGUUUUCCAUUCCAACGCCUUCUCUGUUUCCUGUCUACGUCUCGCAUUUCCAUGUGGUACCUUAACGACUAUGGCUUGGUCGCCUCUCGCGGUCGUCUGUCUCGGUCACACUUUGCUAAAUGGUAUCUGAAUACGCUAUCUGCCGUAAACAUAUAUUUUCUAGGUUUAUAACCUAUAAAAUUGUUGUUUGUGUCAAACUUGUUCUCGCAAAUUUAAAAAUAUGAAUUCAGAUUUUGAAUUAUCUGAUAUAGAAAAUAAUUGAGUUCACAUCUAUGAAACGGUCUUUAAAAUAAUAUUGUACGUCACGGGACCGAAAAUUAGUGUUAAGCAAGUCUCUCCAAGCUCCCAGGUCUCUCCUACGGCUUGCCCUGGAAUAUGCUUUUCUCGACCUGCAAAACUCUACCGGUCUUGUAACGUAAAUUACUAUUAAAAUAAGAUUUUUAUUUUGCAUUAAAAUUACUCUGUGGAUAAGUAAAAUAAUUGUUACUUUAAAAACUCAUUUCACCAGGUUAGAAUGUACAGGUUUUUAAUUUUAAUUUUUGCUUAUUCAAUAAAUAUAUUAAAAUUAAACUAAUUCCAUAAUCUCUUUGAAUGCGUACCGAGUAUUUUUUUGCAUUAUCGUAAUAUAUACUUAUUUUAUUAAAAGUUUAAUUAAUUAAAUACAGCUUAGUUUUAUUAUAAUUUGAAUUGUUUUAUCCUUUUUAGUGACUGUGGUUGUUUAUAUAUGAUACCAAAUAAAUGUAUAUAAUUAACGAACAUAUUCUGGCAUUUAUUAUUUUUUUAUACUUUUUUAUUAAAUAUCUUACUGUUGAAUAUUACCUAAGCAGAUACUGAAUGAUGUUUAUUAAUUAAUUGAGUAAUUGGUUGCUUCAGAACUUUUAGCCAGUGAAAUAAAUGUAGAUUACAGUUGAC